AGUAAUUUGACUCCAGCAGUAUCUCUAUAAUUUUCUCUUCACAUAACCCUAAUCCAAUUCCUCAUCUCUCUCCAAAGAAAAACCAAAAACCCUAGCUAUCCCUGAGAAGCACAGGAGGAGAAAGUCAUCCAAUAUGACAUUCAAGAGGAGAAAUGGAGGACGAAACAAACACGGCAGGGGCCAUGUUAACUUUAUUCGUUGUUCAAACUGCGGCAAAUGCUGCCCCAAGGAUAAGGCUAUCAAGAGGUUCCUCGUCCGCAACAUUGUAGAACAAGCUGCUGUUCGUGAUGUUCAAGAAUCUUGCGUUUACGAUGGAUACACACUUCCAAAGUUGUACUCCAAGAUGCAAUAUUGCGUUUCCUGUGCAAUCCACUCUCACGUUGUUAGAGUUAGGUCUCGCGAGAAGCGUCGUAACCGUGACCCACCUCAGCGUUUCAGACGCAGGGACGAUGCAGCUAAGCCAGGACAAGGCGCACGUGCUGGUGCCGCUCCUGGUGCAGCUCCUCCUGCUGCUGCCCGUACUUAAGAAUCAAAUAUCGGGUUUUGAUGAGUUCUACUCUGACAUGGCCUUUUAUAUUGAUUUAUUUUGGUAGACCUUUUGUCUUACAAAUCUUUUUACACUGGGCAGUAGAUUAUUGUGCAAUGAGAUAUUAAACUUCGCCAGAAAUUAAGUUAUUUGAAUGAAUCUUAUUUACUUUAAUUGUUGCUUCCCUGUUUUA